AUGAAUCCAUUAAUGAUGACUUUACAUUAUCUUUGGAUUGUAAUUACAUUUCAAGAAAAAAAUUCGAUUAAAAAUGCUAAAAAAUUAGCUGAAGAAGAUAAAAACAAUAGUGAACAUCGAAUGCCUAAUGAAUUUAUUCAAGGGACAGCUGUUAUUGCAGAAACAGCUUCACCAUCAUUAAUUCUUCGUUCAGCAUUAAAAUUACAAUUUUGGAUGUUUUAUUGGAAUUUAGAACGUGAACGUGUUCGUUUAUCUCGAACACUUCCAGCAAAUUUAACAUCACCUGGUCAGUUAAUACCGGAAACAGCAAAAUUAAUACCGGUUUUAACUGAAAAAAUUAAUUUAUUAAACGAAAUUUUAGAUGAAAACAUUCCAAUUAUUUCUCUACGUUCAUUAAUGAAAAAAGGACGUUAUUUAGUAGUAAAUUUUGAUGGAUGGAAAUUUGAUGGACCAAAUUAUAGUUUUCUUGCUAAUCACCGUGAUAUUCAAGAACGAAUUAAUGCUAUUAAUAUACUUGUUCAAUUAUCUGGCAUAAAUUAUCAAACAAAUCAAAUAUCAAUUUAUUCCGAUACAAUGAAUGAUCAUACAAAUCAUUUAUUUCGUGGUUGGCCUGAAAAACUUUAUAUUUUAUAUGAUAAUAAAAUUCUUUAUCAAGGUCAGAAUGGUCCAGAAGGUUAUUCUAUACCAUCAGUUGAGUAUUUUUUGAAAAAUAAGAUUUUUUCUUAA